UCAUAGUGGUUGAUCAGGAUGGGAAAGGGGACGUUCGGACGAUUCAAGGUGCUGUUGAUUUGGUGCCUCAAUAUAACUACGAAAGGGUCAAAAUUUUAAUUCUUCCCGGCAUUUACAGAGAAAAGGUUCACAUUCCUGCAUCAAAGCCAUACAUAUCAUUGAUCGGAGACGAAGAUAUGCCGUCCAAGACCGUCAUAUCAUGGCACGACAAGGCAUCCGACAGAGCCUCAGAUGGGGUUUUAGGGACUACAAGGACAGCCACCCUCCAAGUAUUUGCUGACUAUUUCUGUGCCACUGGAAUCACUGUUGAGGUAGUGAUCGAAUAUGAUCGAAUAUAACUUUCCAAAUGCUUUGUGAAUAUAUAAUAAUGAUUAAUGUUUCAGAACACAGUGGUGGCAAGGCCUGGAGGUGAAGGAAUGCAGGCUGUUGCAGUGAACAUAAACGGGGACAGGGCGGUGUUCUACAAAUGCAGGUUCUUGGGGUCACAAGAUACACUCCUGGAUGACAUCGGGGUGCAUUAUUUUUACCAAUGUUACAUUCAAGGGAUGGUCGAUUUCAUCUGUGGAAAUGCCAGAUCACUGUAUCAGGGGUGUGUUAUUAAUUCAGUAGGGCCUGGAGCUAUUGCAGCACAGCACAGGAACUCACCAAGCGAAAACACAGGCUACUCAUUUGUGAACUGCAGAAUAACUGGCCUUGGGAAGACCCUUCUGGGAAGAGCCUGGGGAGAGUUUUCUCGAGUGGUCUACGCCAAGUGUGAUAUCAGUGACGUCAUACUUCCUUCUGGAUGGAGCGACUGGAACAUCCUGUCUCGGCAAAAGAAUUCCAUCUUUGCAGAAUACCAGAAUAGAGGUCCUGGAGCAAGUAGAGAGAGGAGGGUACCAUGGUCAAAGAACUUGAGCGAUGAAGAAGCUCGGCAAUACAUAGACACAACCUUCAUAGAGGGAGAUCAAUGGCUUAGACUAGUUCCAGUGUAGCUUUAUCCUCAGUCCUCACUUCGUACUUCAAAUUCAAAUUACUUGUGUAUAUAUACAAUACUAGUUUUGUGAGCGCCCGUUGAUUUAGAGGCUGUUUGGAGCACCCAAAAUGGGCUCAUAAGCCUGAAUGUAUAAAAACAUCACCAAAACACUUGCUCAAUUGGCUAUUUGGGCUGAUUUUUAUUACUCCCU